CAAAUAGAAACUGACAACACAGCAGUGUAACCUUUUUUUUCUUCUUCCGCAGAGAUCAUCGCCCAAAUCACAGAGAAAUGGGCUCUGCAACUCCUGCGACAAACCCUAAAAAUGUAUAUCACAUCGGAGGAAUCGCAGUGGAGUUUCCAUACCAACCGUACGGAUCGCAGCUAGCGUUCAUGGGGCGAGUCAUCUCAACCCUAGAUCGAGCCCAGAGAGACGGCCACUGUCACGCGUUGCUCGAGUCUCCGACCGGCACUGGAAAGUCACUUUCGCUUCUUUGCUCAGCGCUCGCUUGGCAAAAGAACUAUCGGCCGAAGAAUAUGAACGGCGAUGUUUCUAAUUCGAAGCCUGAUCCAGAGGCGUUGUCGGAUCCGCUUGGACAUGGCGGUGGAUUUGUUCCAGAAACUGAGCCUUCGAGCAUUCCAGCACCAGAGAAUUCAGAGCCAGCUUCGGCUGCGAAUGGCAAAAAUAAAAAGAAAAAGAGAAAGCCUACCAUAUUUUAUGCAUCGAGGACACACACACAAAUCUCUCAAGUGAUCCGUGAAUACAGGAAAACAGCAUAUCGUGUGCCAAUGGCAGUUUUGGCAUCACGGAAACAUUACUGCACAAACAGAAAAAUAAAUGCAAAAGCAAAUAUUGAUGAAGAAUGUAAGCUGCUUGUGAGGGACCAAGAUUUUGGAUGCCCAGAAUUCAAAAAUAUGCAUAAAGUCAAAGGUCAUCCAUCCCUUCAGAAAGGAGGCUGCCAUGAGGCCCAUGAUAUUGAAGAUCUUGUGAAAGUUGGACAAGUUGUAAAAGGUUGUGCAUAUUAUGCUGCACGAGAUAUGGCAGAUAAUGCACAAUUAGUUUUCUGCCCAUACAGCUACAUCAUUAAUCCAGUCAUUCGGGGAGCAAUGGAGCUCGACAUCGAAGGAGCCAUUUUGAUUCUUGAUGAAGCCCAUAAUAUAGAGGACAUGGCUCGUGAUGCUGGUAGUGUGGAUGUUGAAGAGGAUGUUCUACAUAAACUGCAGACAGAACUAGGGCAACUCUGUCCAGCUGAUGCAAUGAUUUACCAACCUUUAUAUGAAAUGACACAGGACAUCAUAAGUUGGAUUGACCGGAAGAAAAAUACCUUAGAAAAACGUGAAUUCCAGCAUUAUUUCUCAUGUUGGACUGGUGAUAAGGCUUUAAGGGAGCUGCAAGAAGCUAAUAUUUCUCAGCAGAGCUUUCCAAUCUUGCAAGAAUGUGCCAGAAAGGCAAUCAAAGCUGCUAUAGAUAUAGAGUCAAGGGUAGCUCAUUUGAGUGGCAUGUCAGUGAUUACACUGGAAGGGUUGUAUUCUGCACUGAGUUACUUCUUUUCUGAAAAUGGGCUUCACACUGUUGAUUACCAGCUUGCUUUACAACGAUAUGUUAAAAAAGAUGCUGGAAGUGUUGCUGGAAGCUGGACAUGUACUUUUAGUUUGUGGUGCUUGAAUCCUGCUGUUGUCUUCCGAGGCAUUGCUGAUCUUUCUUUGUCAGUAAUCCUGACAUCUGGGACCCUUUCACCAAUGCACUCAUUUUCAUCUGAACUUGGAGUUCAGUUUGGAACAUGUCUGGAGGCUCCGCAUGUAAUAGAUAUUGAAUCACAGCUGUGGGCUGCCAUAUUCUCCACUAGUCCAGGUAAUUAUCCGUUGAAUGCAAGUUAUAAAACAGCUGAUGCAUAUGCGUUCCAGGAUGCACUUGGAAAAUCUUUGGAGGAAAUUUUCAAGAUCGUCCCGGGUGGCACUCUUGUGUUCUUCCCUAGUUAUAAGCUUAUGGAGAAGCUGUGUAGUCGAUGGCGUGAAACAGGUCAAUGGUCUCAACUAAAUGAACAGAAAUUUCUUUUUAUUGAGCCAAGAGGAGGAAGUCAAGAUGAUUUUGAGCCUAUUUUGAAGGCUUAUUAUGAGUCAGUUCGUCGAGGAACCAAGCCUACUCUUGGGAGAAAGAGAAGAACUAAGAAAAUGGAUCUUAGUCAGUCUGAUGAAAAGGAGUCCCAAGAUAAUUCUAAGAAGAAAGGAGCUGCCUUUCUUGCAGUUUUCCGAGGAAAGGUUUCAGAAGGAAUUGACUUUUCUGAUGAAAAUGCUCGAGCUGUUAUCAUCGUUGGCAUACCCUUUCCAAACGUCCAUGAUAUUCAAGUUGCACAGAAGAAGAAAUACAACGACAUGUAUAAAUCAUCCAAAGAUCUCUUGAGUGGGAAUGAAUGGUACUGCCACCAAGCCUUUCGAGCCCUAAAUCAGGCUGCAGGCCGUUGCAUACGACAUAGGUUUGACUAUGGUGGCAUCAUCUUAUUAGAUGAGCGUUUUCGAGAAGAUAGAAAUACAGCAUACAUUUCAAAGUGGCUAAGGAAAUCCAUUAAACAGUAUGAGAGCUUCGACAUGUCACUAGAGAGAUUAAAAUCCUUUUUCAUAGAUGCCAAGGAACAGGUUGGAGACAAGGCUGUGAAUGUAUUACAGAGUGCUGAAACUAAUGUGCAAGAAAUCCUUUCUAUGGAUCAGAUCAUUGGGUCCACCAGAAAGAAAAAUCAGAAGUUGAAAAAGCCUGACCAUGGUGUACAAAAAGUAGUUUCAAACAAUACAAGGGUUACAAAAAGAACUGCUCGGAUAUGUUAUUCUCCAACUACAGAGUAUAAUACCUUUUUUCACCAACAAAGAUCUCCAGGCAAUACUAAGUUUCAAAAAUUGGUGCUAAAGGAUGAGGAGGGUUUCAGCAGCUGCAAAGAAUAUAUUGACCUAGAAUGCAGUCCUCAGAAAGACUCAAGGUGUUCCAAGGCUACAUCUCCAGCAUCCUCCCAUGACGGUCCAGAAGUAUCCAUUGUCAAAGAAACCCCUGGUGUGGAUGGUAAUAUCACUCAAACUAGUCCGGUGUCCUUCUCCAAGGAUGAAAACUCCAGUUCAACCAUAAUCCAGGCCUCUACUGACUUGCCAGACCAAUCAUUAUUCCAUUCAAUGUCCUACACUAAUUCUAGUGGACCUCCUUCCAGAGCCAUGUGUUCAUUGCUGGUCACUCCUGAAAGAGACUUCAUUGCAAACACCUCUAACAUGAUGCCAGAAACAGAAUCACCUUUGAAUUUGAGUGUAAAUUCCCAUGCCCAGAAAAGAAGAAAGUCAAUGAUAUUGCCAUCAGUUAACCCUACCCAAGCAGAGCACUCAGAUGCUCCUGAUGCCAAAACACCUGGCCAUAUAGGAAACUCCAUGGCAACUAGAGAUGCAAAUCGUAGAAUUGAAUUUGGUUUUGGGUCAAAAUUUUCAGAAGACAAAUUGAAGAAGUCAAACAUUCGUCAGCUGCUCACUAUGAAUCAUUGUGAUGCGUCGUCUGUGUCAUCAUGUUGCAGUAUGGACAAGCAACUACAAAUUUUUUGCUCACUCUGCAGAAAUCCAUUGGGUCUUCCUGAGAACGAUUUGUAUGUUAUGUGUUCAUUAACUUCAUCAUCAAAAGUUCAUUUGGCAUCACUUCUGAGAGGAAGCUUAGAAUCUUUAGCUGUCAAUACAUCAACAAGCAUUCCUGUGGUGGUGUCUGACAGUUCAUCAGUUAAUCAGCGCCUCUGCAAUAAAACCCUUGGAGGUGCUCAAGAACAUGGUGUUUGGUGUGAAGAAGAUGGGUGUGUUUUCAACACCAUCUACUGCCCCUUCUGCAGUACACCCAACAAUUGUCUUGGUGUGCAGAUAAUGGCCACUAAUGCGUCAAAUGUUGAUUUACUUAACAAGAUUUUGUUUUACUUUGAUAGAUUGGAAAUUAAGAAUCCUGAGGCUUCAACGGACAAGGGAAUUAAGAAUCCUGAGUCAUCGGAGGACAAGGAUUUAUCACCUCCUAGUGGCUCCAACAGUGAUGAAGUUUCAGAACUGGAUCCUUUUGAAAAAUUUUCAUACAAGCAUCAAGAGCCUCAGCAGAACUCCAAUGGCUGGAGGACUACAAAAUCAAAGCUAAGACUACCAAAGAGUAGCCCGCUUUCUAAUUCAAGAAGCCAAUGUGAACCCAGACAGGAUCAUAUGUAGGCAUCUGAUUUGUGUUGCACGCCAUAUUUGGUUGGACCAGGAGUGCAGCGCACAUCCCAGUACUAUGAUUUUGCCAUGAAAAUAAUAAAAAAUUGAGGUGGGCUGCAGCUUCCUUAAAACAGUCAUGAGUAUGUGGGAUCCUCAGAAGGAAAAAUGGUUAUCGUGCAUUGAGUGUGGAUUGUGGAGUAAGUUAUAUAUUAUCUCGAGUGUUAACUGCAUCUUUGACCUGAACACCCAGCCCAAUUUUGUCGUUGGAAACAGAAGCAGUGACUAGCAUCACCUGCAGGGUCACAUCCUCUAUUUUCCUAGACUCCCACGGCUUGACAAGGUUUGAGUCGACCUUGCAGCUCAUGGGAGUUGGAUCGCAGCAGUUGGAUAGAACAAUUUUGUUAUUCCAAUCUAUUUCAACUUAUGAAGAUUUGGAUGUGAAGUGUGUAAUUAGAAUUGCAACUUGUAUAUUUGAUGGGAAAAGACUGAAUAUGUUGCCAGCAUUCUGUUUAUAGCAAUAAUGAAACUGAAUAUUUUCUUGA